GUAAGUUGAAGAAUGAUGGUGGUUUGAAAAUGGACUGGAGGAUCGGAACACAUACUUCAGUCAAUCACCCGUCGUAGAACGAGAAAGACAAUCUAUCCUAUUUUUCCUUCUUUCGUUUUUGAGUAAAUACCUCGCAUCGUUGACUUGACUACUAUGAACACAGCUACUCUGAUAUAUUUUUAUCGCUUCGACCGUAAAGCGUACAUUUUCGCUUUGAGCUCUUCCGCCAUUUCGUAGAAUGACGAUGGAGCUACGAGAUUGUCCGCAUGGGAUGUUCUCAAUUAGCGAAAUAUUUCUGCCCACAACGAGGACGCUAAGCACGCGCGGCUCGUGCACACAGACAUAAAACAAAACUUUUACAGACAUAUUAAAAGUUUAUUGCCAUCAUAGCUGAAACUCGCAUAGCUUUUCUCUUCAAUCGAUUCUCCUAUUCAUUCUCUCUCUCUCUCUCUCUCUCUCUCUCUCUUUUUAUCUUCUUUAAAUGUCGUCUCUACUCAUUCACUACAUUAGUCUUGGCCACUAUUUUACUCGCAGCAUCCGGUCCACACGAUUUUGCUUUUCAAGGCGCGUAAAUAUUUCAAGACGUUCUUCUGAUAUUCAUUAUAACGCACUAUCUCUUUGAUUUCCAUAUAAAUCCGUCAUUUAAAAUCUAAUUCCUUCUUUCUAUAUAUACACCACUAAAUAAACUUAGUAUACAUUCUUAAAAAUAUUGUUGGUUCUUUUUCGUACAUUAAUUAACUUCGUUAAUUCGGUAAAAUCGAUAAAAUCUUGUGACCUUUUGGAUCUUUCGUAAUUAUUUCUCUCUUUCUUUCUCUCUCUCUCUCUCUCUCUCUCUCUCUCUGUUUAACGAAUUCCAUAAACACGUAUUUCGAAAAUCUAUUUUAAAAAUGUUAAGCUUUCUCUUGAUUUUUAAUCUAAUCAAAUGUUAGUUACUUUUGCUUAAUCGAACAUCAAGAUAAAUCUUUGCACUAUGCGCACGAUCUCUUAUCAUUUUUGCAUAAAGCAUCCUACGCGGUAAAUUACACUGUAAAGCUCUACUCGUUCAUAAAUCAUUACAUCCUUCAUAUUAAUCACGUGGCUAUCGCUUUCACGAAUCAGGCUAGUGCUAAAUUCCGGACCGCGAACUUUGAUAGCAACGAUCUCGAUGCAUCGUCGAAGAGUACUAACACCACGAUUCUCUUCAUUCUUUAAAUAGAAAUCUACAGUCUACAAAAAAAGGAGACCAGAGAGAGGGAGAGAGAGAAAGAGGGAAAGAGAGAAAAUAAGAACGUAGGGGGACAAGAAAAGUAUAAUGACGCAUAAUAUUGUGUCAACGUAAAAGCUCCGUUGAUCGAUAUUUCUAACGAAAAAUUGCGUACAAACAAGAGUGUUUUACCUAUCGCGCCAGCAUGAGAAAGCUAUUCUUCAUCCAUUCCCUGCGUGUUCUGUUCGUGUAAAAAUAUACAAACAAGAGGGACGAUGUUUUGUAACAAAAUCGGAACAUUCACGCACGUUCGUUCGUUCGUUCGUUGUUGUUUCCAAAAAAAAAAAAAAAAAAAAAAAAAAAAAGAAAAAAAGAAAAAAAAAAAAAGAAGAAAAAAGAAAAAAGAGUGAAAAAGGAGAGAAAACAAAAUGCAGCAGUUUAGUACGAAACGAAUAAAUCAAUAAAAUAUUUACGUUGAAUUUCCGAACUAAUUUUCCCUUUGGAUUAUUUUCUACUUGAAAACGCAAGUGAACAUAUACGCGUAUGUAAACACAUUGAGAACGUACACAAAGAAUAAAUUCGUCAAAUCUUUACGAAGUGCUUAAUUUUUGUCGAUCAUUUGACAAUCAAAUACGCAUUAAUACUACACACCCCUCUGAAGUAAUUCAAAAUAGAAAUCAGAGUAUUCUACAUUGAAGGGGAGAAGAGAGAGAGAGAGAGAGAGAGAGAGAGAGAGAGACAGAGGGAAGAGGAGAGAAGGAAUGGAAGAGAGGGAACUCGGCUAAUGGAUUCGCAGGACCAUCGUGUUCACUUAUACAUUCGCACGAAUGGACAAAUACACGAACAUUUUCGGAGUGGUUGCGUACGUCUCUUUACGUGGGGUGAAUUCGUUCGUAUGUAUACACGGAGAAAUGUACACGCGCGCACAAACUCACAGGUGUCGGCACUCCGUGACACGUACGAGCAUGGCGAGGCUUUGAGAUCUUCAAGGAAAUAAUAUCUCGGUUAUAUUUAAGACGGACUUUGAAGACAUGGCGACGCUUCAUGUGUUGCUAUUAUCGAACAAUCAGAUCCAUACUAUCCAAAGAGGGGCGUUCCAAGAUCUGGUCGGUGUGGAGAAACUGCGCCUCAAUAACAAUCAAAUUCGUCAUCUCCCGGAUCUCCUCUUCAGCAACAUGAUGAACUUAAAACGGCUAGACCUAAGUCACAACCAGAUAGCUACGAUAGGACCGAAGACGUUAAGAGGAGUCUCUGCUCUCAGGCACCUUUUACUGGAUAACAAUGUGUUGACGUGCAUCGACGAAUCCUCGAUAAGAGAAUUGAAGGAUCUCGAGAUCUUAAUGCUGAACAACAACAAACUGACAACGUUAGGAAAAGAAAUGCUCACUGGUUUGUCGCAUUUAAGGACUCUCAAGCUAGCCGAUAAUGCUUUCGCUUGCGACUGUCACUUAACAUGGCUUUCUCGACAUUUGAGAACGUAUUCUCGUCUCGGACAACAUACGCGUUGCUCGUCUCCUGCACAUUUGAAGGAUCGAAGUCUCGCUGAUUUGCAGGAACACGAGUUCAAAUGCUCCGGCUUGGUAGAACGAGCGGGCUCGGAAUGCAGUGCGGAACCGCAAUGCCCGCAUCCCUGCAAAUGCGCCAACGGAAUCGUCGAUUGCCGAGAGAAUUCCUUGACGAAAGUACCGACCCAUCUUCCGGAGGACACCACGGAAUUACGUUUGGAACAAAAUAGUAUCACGGAGAUUCCACCCAAGGCCUUUUCACCAUAUAGAAAAUUACGGAGAAUCGACCUCAGCAAUAAUCAGAUUCAAAAGGUGGCUUCUGAUGCGUUCCACGGUCUGAAAUCCCUCGAAUCUCUAGUUCUCUAUGGAAAUAAGAUCAGCGAACUUCCAGGUGGUCUCUUUCAAGGACUCUCCAAUUUGCAAUUACUAUUACUCAACGCCAAUGAAAUUUCUUGUAUAAGGACCGAUCUUUUCCGCGAUCUUUACAACCUCACUCUUCUUUCUUUAUACGAUAAUAACAUCAAGUCUCUGGCGAAUGGAACCUUCUCAAAUCUACGGAGUAUUAAAACACUACAUCUAGCAAAAAAUCCUUUCAUCUGCGACUGCAACUUGCGAUGGUUGAGUGUCUACCUUCACGCACAUCCAAUCGAGACGUCUGGUGCAAAAUGCGAAUCGCCGAAGAGGGCGCAGAAGCGGAAGAUCGAUUCGAUGCGGGACGACAAGUUCAAAUGUAAGGGUGACGAAGAACUUUUAACAAAGAGGGCUGGUGAAUGCAUUCUACCCGGUGCAUGCCCUUCUCCUUGCUCGUGCAAUGGAGCAACUAUUGAUUGUUCCAGUAAGAAGCUUACCUCGAUACCCAGAGAUCUACCCAUUUACACUUCCACUCUUUUGCUAGGCAACAACGAGUUGGACAAGAUCAAAGCGGACGGGCUAUUCCAGAAGCUUCCGGAAUUGCAGCAUCUGGAUCUAAGGAAGAAUAAAAUCUCACGCAUCGAAGCGUCCGCUUUUCAAGGAGCACACAAGCUCACCGACCUAUUGUUGUCCGACAAUCGGCUGAGAGAAGUUCACAACAAGAUGUUCACUGGUCUAACGAAUCUAAAGAGCUUGAAUCUCCACGGAAAUGCUAUAACCUGCGUGAUGCCUGAAGCUUUCGACGGAUUGGCUCACAUUCGUGCCAUCAACAUGCAAGGCAAUCCACUGUCGUGUAAUUGUCACCUCGCAUGGUUCGCCGGAUGGCUCAGGAAACGAGAUAUGACAGGAAUGACCGGUCGUUGUCACGAUCCCCUGCGACUCAAGGACGCCGUCAUUAAGGAUAUUCCACAUCACGAAUUCAAAUGUAACAACGACAGCGUUGGCUGUCUGGGCGACGAUUAUUGUCCACCCCAGUGCAAUUGCGCUGGCUCGGUGGUAAGGUGUUCGAGAGCUCAGCUUACGGAGAUUCCACGUGGGAUUCCACCGGAAACCACGGAGCUGUAUUUGGACGAGAACGACAUUAAGACCAUCCAGCCAGAGAGACUGAACCACCUGAGGAUUCUGACCAAGCUCGAUUUGAGCAACAAUCAGAUCGGAAUGUUGUCGAACGAUACCUUUAGAAAUCUCACGAAGCUGUCGCAUCUAAUCAUCAGUUACAACAAAUUGCAGUGUGUGCAAAGAAAUGCUCUCGCUGGACUGAAGUCUCUGCGUAUAAUCUCUCUCCAUGGCAAUGACAUAUCGGUGAUUCCCGAGGGUGCCUUCGAGGAUUUAAAAUCGAUAUCUCAUCUUGCUCUCGGUUCGAAUCCUCUCUACUGUGACUGCAGCAUGCGAUGGUUAGCUGAAUGGGUGAAAAAAGAUUUUGUUGAGCCUGGUAUAGCCAAGUGUAUGGAUCCACCGAACAUGAGAGACAAGCUUCUUUUGACAACACCACCUGACGCAUUUCAAUGUAAAACCAAGCAACAGCCAGCCGAGGUCUUGGCCAAGUGCGACUUGUGUUACACCGCGCCAUGCCAGAACGGAGGACUCUGCGAGGCGCUUCCGGAUCGGCAGUUCCGUUGCAAGUGCGCGCCAGGAUAUCACGGGGACCGGUGUCAGCAUAAAAUUGACGCGUGCUAUGGAAAUCCUUGCAAGAACUCCGGAACUUGCAAAGUAUUGGAGGAAGGAAGAUUCAGUUGCGACUGUGCCCCCGGAUACGAGGGACUCCGAUGCGAGAGUAACGUUGACGACUGUGCGAACAACAAGUGCGCCAAUAACGCGACCUGCAUCGACCUCGUUCAGGCCUAUCGAUGUGACUGCACCCCAGGAUUCAUGGGAGAAUACUGCGAAACGAAAAUACCCUUUUGCACAAAGGGGCACGACCCCUGCGAGAACGGGGGUCGAUGCGUCGAUCACCAGACCCACUACAGCUGCGAAUGCCCGAUCGGCUUCACCGGCCUUAAUUGUUCCACCAACCUGGAUGACUGCGGUGAUCAUAUGUGCCAGAACGGUGCUACUUGCAUCGACGGCAUAAACAAUUACGAGUGUAAGUGCGCGGCGGAGUAUACUGGGAGGUACUGCGAGAUUGCACCAUCAACAGCCAUGUUAUAUCCGCAGACGAGUCCUUGUGCACAUCACGAUUGUCAAUAUGGUGCCUGCUUCCAGCCAGCUCCUGCCUCCGCCGCGGACUAUCUUUGCCAGUGCCACCCCGGCUAUACCGGAAAACGAUGCGAGUACCUGACGAGUCUGAGCUUCGUGGACAAUAGCUCGCUGGUCGAGCUAGAGCCGCUACGCACGAGGCCCGAGGCAAAUGUGACCAUCAUUUUCACGACCACGCAGGAAAACGGGGUUUUACUCUACGACGGUCAAAACGGCGAGCACAUAGCCGUCGAGUUAUUCAAUGGUCGCGUACGAGUCUCUUAUGAUGUUGGAAAUUAUCCUACGUCGACGAUGUAUAGUUACGAGAUGGUCUCCGAUGGUAAGCCCCACAUGGCUGAACUUCUAGCGAUCAAGAAGAACUUCACGAUGAGGGUUGAUCGCGGUCCAGCCAGGAGCAUCAUAAACGAAGGCCCGAGGGAAUAUUUGAAGCUCAUCACGCCGAUGUACGUUGGUGGUGUCACACCCGAAGUCGCUAACGUAGCCUUCUCCGAGUUUCAUUUAAGGAACGUCACGAGCUUCCAAGGCUGCAUCUCCGAGAUGUGGAUCAAUCACAAGCUAGUGGACUUUAGUAAUGCCGCCAAAAGGCAUCGCGUUACUCCUGGAUGUGCUUCUAACGAGGAGGAAGCUGAUGAAGCACGAGACGUCAUCGAAGCCGAAGGCAUUGCUGUUGGCAGUAAUGAAGAUACCUUGCCACAGGAACAUAUUCCUCCUCGCGAACAUUCCGAUAUCGUCGUAUCGCUCCCAAUCACAGGAAUCUCCGAUCCCUGUGCCGGUCACGAGUGUAAGAAGGGCUCGCAAUGCGUUCCAUCGUCAUUUGGGAAUGAUUAUUCCUGCAGAUGUCAGACCGGCUGGUACGGGCGAUACUGCGAAAAAGCGCCAACGUGUCGUAAAGAGCACACGAGGGAGUACUACAGCGAGAACGGAUGCCGUAGUCGACGACCUGUGAAACUUGCCAAAUGUUGGGGAAGUUGCGGCAAUUCGUGCUGCUUACCAAGAAAGACCAAACGACGCAAGGUUCGGCUGAUUUGUACGGAUGGCAUGCGGUACACGAAGGACGUCGACCUUGUUCGUAAGUGCACCUGCACUCGAAAGUGCUACUAGCAAGUAGUAGUAUUCGCAUCUUGUCGCACGAGCAGCCUCUCUCUCAACAAUCAUCAUCGUAGCAGUACAUUGAGACUUGACGAGAUCAUCGACGAAGAAACCCCGAGAUCCAAAAUGUCACGCUAUCGAUCUUUUAAAUAUCCCUGAACAUUCAAAGAUGCGCCGAAGAAGGAAAGAAGAAGAAACAUUGGAUGAUAAGAAUAGAAGAAGAAAGAAGAAGAUAAA